AUGUUGCAAUUUAUAGUUUCUGUUAAAGAUAGGGCUGCUGAGGUUUUCAACCGCCCAUUUUUUGUUCCUCAUCGUAAUGUUGCUGUUCGUGAUUUCACUGAUGAGAUUAAUCGUGCGAAUGCCGAUAAUCCGUUAAAUAAGCAUCCAGACGAUUUUGAUUUGUAUUUGUUGGGUCAGUUUGAUGAUUCAAACGGUGCAUUCAUUCGUGAAGGUUCUCCAACAGUUCUCGUUUUGCCUGGUGACACGUUUAAUGUUAAUGUUACGAUGUUUGGUCGACUGGCCACUCCGAUAUUCCCAGUUAUGGAUAAUCUCCAUCUGGACUCAUUCUUUUUCUUUGUUCCUAAUCGUUUGGUAUGGAACAAUUGGGUUAAAUUUAUGGGGGAGCAGGAUAAUCCUGCCGAUAGUAUUUCCUACUCUAUCCCUCAACAAGUUUCACCAGCCGGAGGUUAUGCAGUUGGUUCACUGCAAGACUAUUUUGGCCUGCCAACUGCGGGGCAAGUUGGCGUCAGUAAUACGGUUUCACACUCUGCGCUGCCUGUAAGGGCUUACAAUCUUAUUUAUAACCAAUGGUUUCGUGACGAGAAUUUACAAAAUUCCGUUGUAGUCGAUAAGGGCGAUGGCCCUGAUACUACUCCUUCUACUAAUUACACUCUUCUUCGUCGUGGUAAACGACACGACUACUUCACCUCUGCAUUACCUUGGCCCCAAAAGGGCGGCACUGCCGUUUCUCUACCUUUAGGUACUUCUGCACCUAUCGCUUUUAGCGGUGCAUCUGGUUCUGAUGUUGGAGUUAUUUCUACUACACAAGGCAAUCUUAUUAAGAAUAUGUACAGUACUGGUUCUGGUACUAGUCUUAAGAUAGGUUCUGCUACUGUUGCUACUGGUUUAUAUGCUGAUUUGUCUGCUGCUACUGCUGCUACUAUCAAUCAGCUUCGUCAGUCUUUUCAAAUUCAAAAGCUGCUUGAGCGGGACGCUCGUGGCGGUACUCGGUAUACCGAGAUAAUCCGCUCACACUUUGGCGUAGCUUCUCCAGAUGCUCGCCUUCAACGCCCUGAGUAUUUGGGCGGUGGUUCUACUCCUAUUAAUAUUGCUCCUAUUGCUCAAACUGGUGGUACUGGUGCACAAGGCACUACUACUCCUCAAGGUAACCUGGCUGCGUUUGGUACUUAUAUGGCUAAAGGCCAUGGUUUUUCUCAAUCAUUUGUUGAGCAUGGUCAUGUUAUUGGUCUCGUAUCUGUACGAGCUGAUCUUACUUAUCAACAAG